CGUCACAGAAGCGUCGCUUGCAAGUUAACUUCUAGCAAAGGAAGUGUAGACGCGAAAGGAUCGGAACGAACCGCACUGGCUGGCGGAUUGGUUGCCGCAACUUGGCCAGGAUGCUCAACACGUUUGACUGGAUGGAAUCGCUGUGAGCACACUUGUAGUGUUGACAAUGGUGCUGCAGCUUCCCUUGGUGGUGACCCUUCGCGUGGACCUGCUUCUGAUCCUGGUGUCGCUGCUUGCCUUUUGGACCCGGGUGCACCACAUUGUGCACCCCAACGCUGUUGUUUUUGAUGAAGUGUACUACGGACAGUUUGUGUCUCUUUACAUGAAGAGGAUUUUCUUCAUUGAUGACAGUGGACCGCCACUCGGGCACAUGAUCCUGGCAUUGGGGGCCUACCUCGGAGAAUUUGAUGGAAACUUCACAUGGAAUCGAAUAGGAGCAGAGUACCCAUGCGGUGUGAGCGUGUGGAGUCUGCGUGUCCUCCCGGCUGUGUGUGGAGCUUUGUGCGUUCCUCUGGCGUAUUGCGUUACUCUGGAGUUGGGCUUUGGUCACGUGUCAGCGUUGGGAGCAGCGCUGCUGCUGUUGCUAGACAACGCUCUGAUUGUCCAAUCGCGACUGAUGUUGCUGGAGAGCAUCUUGAUCUUCUUCAUCCUCUUGUCCUUCCUGUCUUACCUGCGUUUCUACCGUGCCUCCAGCAGUUGGCCUGUCAGAUACGGUUGGCUCCUCCUCUGUGGAACAUGCUGCGCUGCCACCAUAGGAGUGAAGUACAUAGGUGCCUUCUCCUACCUGCUGCUGGUAGGCAUGGCCUGUGUGCACUGCUGGAAGCUAAUUGGCAACACCCGAGUGAGCGGUGUGAAUGUGUUUGUUGAGUGUGUGUGUCGCGGUGUGUGUCUGCUGGUGCUUCCUGUCAUGCUCUACGUCCUCUGCUUUUAUCUGCACCUCACUCUUCUACAUCGCACUGGACCACAUGACCAGCUGAUGAGCCCCGCCUUCCAAGCUAGCCUUGAGGGCGGUCUGUCACGGAUCACGCAAGGUCAGCCGCUGGAGGUGGCUUAUGGUAGUCAGGUGACUUUGAGAAGCUCUGCCUCCCAUUCAGUCCCAUGCUGGCUGCAUUCACACAAAGCCAACUAUCCAAUCAGGUAUGAGAACGGUCGUGGCAGCUCUCACCAGCAGCAGGUGACCUGUUAUGCCUUCAAGGAUGUCAACAACUGGUGGAUUGUCAAGAAUACUGACAGGGCCGACCUUGCCGUAGGGCAUCCUCCUCGCACAGUGCGUCAUGGCGACAUUGUCCAGCUGCUUCACGGGAUGACAUCGCGAUUCCUCAACAGCCACGACGUCGCAGCCCCAGUCAGCCCCCAUGCCCAGGAAGUAUCGGGCUACAUCGACUUCAACGUGUCCAUGCCCGCGCAGAACCUUUGGAGAGUGGACAUUGUGAACCGCGAAGAUGAUUCCGAGGUGUGGAAGACCAUCUCGUCAGAGGUUCGCUUUAUUCACGUCAACACGUCAGCAGUCCUCAAGCUGAGCGGCUUGUCCCUUCCAGACUGGGCGUCGGGUCAAAUGGAGGUGGUUGGAGAGAAGGUGAAAGGUCACAGCAGCGGCGUGACAUGGACAGUGGAGGAGCACAGAUAUGGAACCAGUGAGGAGCAGAAGGAUAGGGAGGCGGAGCUUCACUCCCCUUCACACAUUGACGUGAACCGGAAAAUUUCCCUGUGGUCCAAGUUUCUGGAAGUUCAGUGGCGGAUGUUGACGGUGAAACAGGAAGACAAUGAGCACAAAUAUAGCUCCGCCCCUUUGGAGUGGAUCACCAUGGAAACAAACAUUGCCUACUGGCUCCACCCAUCCACAAAUGCUCAGAUUCACCUAAUUGGUAACCCCAUAUCAUGGGGUGUGGCCAACCUCAGCCUGCUGGCUUAUCACAUCAUGGCAGCCAUUUACCUGCUGAGGAGGAGGCGGGGCUUCAAAGACUUACCUGAAGCUGCGUGGGAGCGUUUCAGCUUGCUGGGCGUGUUGUGCGUUGGCGGCUGGUUGUUGAACUUUCUUCCUUUCGCGUUGAUGGACAAGCGUCUGUUCCUUUACCACUACCUACCCGCUCUCGUCUUCCUGCACCUGCUCAGCGCCGCCCUGCUGGAGCACGUGUACACACACGUACUCAGCAAGGACGCACACCGCCGCGUGCUGCUGGCAUGUGCAUUUGUUGUGUUGGUGUGCGUCUUCCUGUCCUAUUACAUCUUCAGCCCUUUGACCUUUGGGAGCCCAGAACUGUCGGCCGAUCAGCUGCGAGCGCUCAAAUGGAGGCGCUCGUGGGACAUCUUAUAUCGACGCCGCUAGACUCCUCCCCCCUCAUGACAUUAUACAGAGGGGGGCAGUGCGUGCAAAGACGCCACAUCACUUAAUACACAAUAAAGUUCAAGUUUAUUUUU